AUGUACCUCGUACAUGGAAUAGCAGCAUCUCCACGAUCCAAUCGUCAUCCGAUCCUGAGACAAAAGAGAUGCGAGAACGAGCAAGAGGACCCGAAGAAGGAGUUCUUGGAUUCCUCACCAGAGACCACAUCGCCAUGGGUGGAGUCGACACCAUUGAUACCAACAACUACGUCGAAGCUGACACAACCAGCUGAAAUCGGUGUACUUGGAUCGUCAUCCUAA